AAAGUGAAAGUAUCAAGGAGACGUCCGAGGUGUUCCGAUUCAAAACAUGUUGUCCCAUGGCCACGAGUAAAGUUGAGGAUGUAUUUGACGAAAGUGUCUCUGAUAUUGGUGUCGGUUCAAAAGAAUUGGAGAAAUUGAAAACAAACUUACAAAAGGAAGGUUUCCGGACAGGUCUCUCUGUUGGACAGGAGAGGGAGCUACAGACCGGGUUCAAUGAAGCAUUCAGUGGUUCCAUCGCCUUGCUGAAGAAAGUCUCCAUAGUCAGAGGACAGAUAUGUGCUUAUCUUGCCUUGAACCACAUUAACAGGGGAGACCAAACGACAAUAUCUGAGGAAGUACAAAAUCAUUUGGAGGACCUUCUCCAGAAAGUUCAAGAUUUCGAGCACACCUGUAUGGAGAAAUCAAAAGAGCUUCUGACUGCAGAAAAGAUUGCACAGCUAGAAACAGAAGUUGAUAAGAAAGUUGUGGAGUUUCAGUCUCAGCUUCAUAGGAUUUUGAAAUGAUGCAAUGAAAGACAUCACUUGGUAUACAGUUAAUGCAGUGUUUAGGUUUAAGGCCUAUUCUAUGAUUACAUAUUAUAUGCAGAUCCUAACACAGGUAUUACUGACAAUGUAAAUAAAUUUCAUUUCACAAGAUCUUGCUUUUGGCAAUUGUAUUAUGUAUACUGCUACAUUCAUUUUGUCACAGCUGUUACACUAGAAUGAUUUUUGUUUCAAGCACUGAUAUUGUGAUGUUGAUGUAAGUUUGAAGUCCCAACUAGUGAAUUUUUUAAAUUUCAUUUUACUGUCUCCAUCUUGAAUCAUUAGAUUGUUGAAGUUUUUAUGGUCCUAACAUGUUCAAAAUAGCGUGUUUUCUGUACAACAUCCUAAGGAAGCUGAUUAGUAAAUAAAUGAUUAAAUUGACUGUGCAUGAGUCUGCUCCCUUGAUCAUGGGCAAAAUGCAAAUAUUUCUAAAUAAAACUGAGUAUUAACAACUGAA